AUGGACGAAACGACGUACGUCCCCGCGCUCCUCGUCACGCGGCCGCCGCCAUCGCCGCCGUCCUUCUUCGCCGACGACGCCUCCCGCUGGGCCGCCGUGCAGGCGCGCGACGCCGUGGCCGACGGCUUCUUCGUCUACGCCGUGCGCACCACAAAGGUCUACUGCCGCCCCAUCUGCAAGGCCCGCCUCGCGCGCCGCGCCAACGUGCGCUUCUACCACACGGGCGAGGAGGCCAGCCGCGCCGGCUACCGCGCCUGCAAGCGCUGCAAGCCAGACCUCGCCGGCUUCAUGCCCGAGGAGCGCGCCGUACGUCAGAUCCGCGCCUUUGUGCGCGAGCACCACCACGGCGACACCGAUGCUGCUGUCGCUGCCGGGUCUUGCUCCACUGCCGCCUCCGGCCGCAUGAGCCUCGCCGAGAUGGCCGGCCGCACCGGCCUGUCCAAGUGGCACUUCCACCGCGUCUUCAAGAAGUGCGUCGGCGUCACGCCGUUUGAGUACCUGCGCACGCAGCGGCUCGCCUGGGGAGACGACCAGUCGCUGUCUCAGCAGCUGGCGUGGCCCUCGCUCGACGAGGACCAGCCGCAGCAGCAUGGGUUUCUCGGACCGGAGUUUGACUUUGCCGCCUUUGAUCUGGCCACGGAGUCUUCGAGCGAGGAGGGCCUCUCGAUGGCGAGCGGGAGUCUCACCACGACCACGGCCAGCGGCAGCGGGUGCAGCCCGUUGUCGCUCGACGACCUGCUCGUAUGGCCAGAGGACAAUCCAUGA